AUGCCUAAAAUCGACGAAUCUACUGAAUCCCGUCUCUCUAAGGCAUGCGAAGCUGCUAAACGCGAAAAGAAACCAAAUAUCUCGAAGAUUGCGCGCGAAUAUGGUGUCAAACGAAUCACCCUCUAUGACCGCGUUAAAAAGGGGGCGACUGCGAAAUCUCAACAAAAGCCAGUUAACAAGGCUUUGAAUGAUAUCCAGGAGGAAGCUUUAGUACGCUGGAUCAUUCAGUUGAAUAAUUGGAGUAUGCCGCCAACACCGAAGCUAAUUGAGGCAUGGGCAAAUCGCUUGCUUGGAGAUUCUAGUCCUGUUGGUCCGAAUUGGGUAUAUCCCUUUAUUAAGCGUCUUCCUGGAGAGCUAAAACUAGCUCCUAAGAAGAGAAAUACUAAGGAAUUGAAGCGAAUUCAGGCUGAAGAUCCAGCCAAGCUAGGUCAUUGGUAUGAUCUACUUGAAUGCGUCCUUCGUGGUGUGCCUUCGCGGUUGAUCUAUAACUUUGAUGAGUGUGGUUUCCGACCCGAUGAAGAUAAAAAUCAGAAGGCGGUUAGUAGAGUAAAUGUUCCUGAUCUUGCUGAGACUGAAAGAGGUGAAAAUAUCACUGUCGUUGAGUGUAUUGCUGCUGAUGGCUGGGUAAUGGAUCCGCUUUUCAUCUUGAAAGACAAUGUUUUUAUGGAGUCUUGGUUCGAUGAAGAUCUACCACCGAAUAUGGUGGUAGGAACGUCCCCGAAUGGCUGGAUAUCUGGUGAAAUGGCUUUACAAUGGCUAGAUUCUUUUAUUAAGGCUACGAAUACACCUGAUCGUCUGAAGAAAGGAGAGAAGCGUGUCCUUAUCUUUGAUAGCCAUGGCUCGCAUCUUACUCUUGAAUUCCUGCAAAAAUGUGAAGAUCAUAAGAUUAUACCUUUUGGUUUCUUGCCAUAUUCAACGCAUCUUUGCCAGCCACUUGAUGGGAAGCCGUUUUUAGCCUACAAACAGUGUUUUCGAAGGCAUAAUAAUGAUAUCUCUUAUUGGGCUGGCGCGCCUAUGAUGAAGACUGAGUUUCUACGGGUAAUUCAACCUGUACGACAGAAGGCCUUCAAUCCACGAAUCAUUCGAGACUCUUUCAAAGAGCGUGGUAUCUAUCCUGUGGAUAGUAAUAAGGUAUUAAGUGGCCUUACUAAACGCCCUGAAGACCCAACACCUUCUCCGCCACCAUCGUCGUCCAGUAUUGAACAUACUCCGAAAACCAUAGCAAAGCUUCAGAAGAACUAG